CCUUUGGAGUAGAAUGAUUUGAGUUAAGAGUAAAAAUAUUACCAUCCUGCUAUUAAAAUCUGUUUAUAAUUUAUCCACUUCACUUAUGCACACAUUGAUCUUGUUGAGGUUAUAAACAAAAUAAUGAUAAUAGUGCUUCCUGCAUUGAAUGCCUAUUCACCAUUAUGCCUGUCACUUAUUUUUACUGUUGCAAAACUUUUCACAACAUGUUUCCUGUCUGGAACAGGCAAUUUACAGACAUGGCUCCAGUAUCCACUGUGCUCAGCUGCCUGGUCACCUUGCUGAUUUAGAACAGAACUCUCAGAAAGCAGGGAUCAAACUUGCAUGGCAUUAUUGGCAUCAUAGCAUGCUAUGUGCAUCAUGGAUAUGACACUGUUGUAUUCUUGUUUGAAAUGUUUUACUAUAGUUCUGCUUUUUUCAGCUGUAUAAAUAUCAGAAAUAUCUAAUUUUAAGGAAUGAUUGGAUUAUCAAAUGACACAUUGGGGUAUGCAAGCCUUGGGGCUUCAACAUUCCUAGCCUCUGCACACCCCAGUGAGUCUUGUGGAAGUAAUGGCUUGCCUCUCACUCCAAACUCGGUCCGGAUCCUUGGCCGAUCCCAACUGCUGUACACCGUGUCCCACCCUCACCUGUGCUCCUAUGUGUCUAUACAACGAGGCAAACAUGAAAGACUUAUAGUGGUUCAAGAGUUCUACAAGUGUGAUCUUCUGGCAGCUUGGAACAAUCACCAAGAAUUCCAAACUGAAAAAAGGUUAAUCCAAGUGAUGCAUGAGGUUAUGCAAGGCUUAGUUUACUUGAACAAGUUGGGCAUCUCGUGCUGCUGCAAUUUGUGCCCUCGUAAUUUGCUUAUUGAUCCGUAUGGAAAGGCCAAGAUGAAUGGCUAUGGACUAUAUUAUAUGACUGAACAGGGAACAGCUGUCUCCUUUCCCAUUGGUAACGAGUUCAGUGCUCCUGAAGUGCUGAUAGCUGGGGCGUGUCCGGAGCUGCGACCUGCUGGUGGCGGUGGUAACCCAUCCUCUGAUGUGUGGAGCCUUGCGCUCAUGUUCCUCUCACUCAUACUCCCAACACAAACCAAAUCAGGCCACAAAGAACCUCUUGAAAUCAGCGUUGCCACUGUGCUGCUCAUGGCAUCUAAAAGUGACCAUGACGACCUUGCUUCUGCAAUUAUUGAUCAGAAACCCCAACUGCUUGAAAAAUUCGAGAUGCUUAGUGCAGCAACACAAGACCUACUGCGAUCCUGCUUGAAGUUUGAUCCUACGUCUCGACCGUCACCAAUAGACCUGUUAAGCCAUCCUGCAUUUGCUGGUCUCACUCUCACUGCGCCUGUGGAUCCUCAGCCCCGGCCCUUCCCUCGCUGCACCAUUGCUUCCCCGCGGAAAGCUUUCCCUCCUAUGGACGAAAUGCUGUCUAACUACCCCCUGCCUGAUGAUUGUAUGACACUCAAUCAUGAUGGCGUGAAGACAGGCAUAGGAGGCCUACGUGAGCGCAGCAUGCGUGAGGUGUAUCACCUGUGGCAGCUGGCGGGAGGACAGGCGGAGCAGGAGCUCGUGCGGCACGGCUUCAUCAUCUCCCGCCCGCCUAUCCUAGUAAAAAGCAGCAGCGAAGACACUGAGGCCAGGAAGCUGCCUCUGGUGAUCAGGGAGAAGGACGUCGAGUAUCAGUUUCACCGCAUCAUUCUCUUCCACCGCCUGCUCAGGGCAUAUCCAUACUACCGGUCACGCAUCGUAGCGGACGCUCACAUGGACAUCCCGCCGUACCACCGAGGCGAGGUGUGGGCCGCGCUGCUGGGGGUGGACGGUGACACCAUCUCCACUUACGCUGAAAUUGAUAAAGUUACCCCAACCUCAACGGACCGUCAAAUCGAAGUGGACAUCCCUCGCUGCCACCAGUACGACGAGCUGCUCUCCUCGCCCCGCGCUCACCAGAAGUUCACUCGCCUCCUCAAGGCCUGGGUGGUCUCACAUCCCGGGCUCGUGUACUGGCAGGGACUUGACUCAUUAACCGCUCCAUUUCUCUACCUUAACUUCAAUAACGAAGCGUUGGCGUACGCAUGCCUCACAGCCUUCAUCAAGAAAUACCUUCACAAGUUCUUCUUACGAGACAACAGCGCCGUUAUUCAGGAGUACCUGGCGAAAUUUUGUCAUCUGGUCGCCUUCCAUGAUCCCUUGCUGUUCUCCCACCUUGCUUCCAUUGGCUUCGUGCCAGAGCUUUAUGCAAUUCCGUGGUUCCUCACUAUGUAUACACACGUGUUCCCGCUGAGCCAAAUUUUCCACGUGUGGGAUACGCUGCUGCUGCACCCCGCGUCACUAGCGCUCUGUGUGGCGGCGGCCAUCCUUCGACACCUGCGGCACCAGCUCCUCGACUUCUCAUUCAACGACUGCAUCCUGCUCUUCUCGGACAUGCCAGACAUCAACAUAGAGCAGGUGGUGAAGGACUCAGUUGACCUGCACCUUGAGACGCCCGUGAGUUUGCUGUACCGCCACCACGCGCCGCCUUCGUCUGACCGGGACACAGAGCAACAUUUGUCAGGCCCUCUAAAUGAUCUGAGCAGCAUUACACUAGCGGAGCAGCGGAGUGAGAUCUGCGGACGCAUCAGCGGUGCGGACGUCGUGCGGCUCAGUGAAGCUCUGCCCGGCUCACUGCUCGUCGUGGACACCAGGCCCCAGCACCUAUUUCAAACGGGUUCUCUGAUGAACGCCUGGAAUGCGCCUGGGGAGUUGUGGAUGAGGGAAGGAGACUCUCCCUCUGAGGACGGGGGCCCUCAACUUGUCCUCGAGCAGGCCAAGCUGAGGGCGGUGGGCAAAAUGGCCGUCGUCGUCAUGGGCACCAAAGCCGCCCAUCAUCUUACCCUUCAGGUGUGUGAGCAGUUGGUCGAGGCGGGCGUGGCGCGCGUGUGCCUCUUGCACGGCGGAGUGGACGUCUUCCAGGCCUCAGGACAUCUCGUCGUCCCCUCACCUGGGGCCUCGUAAUAUCCGGGACCCUCGGUACAUUCACAAUACAAGCUCGGAACAGGGAGAGACUUUCAUGAGCUCUAGUCUCAUGAGCUCAUGGGGAACAGCAGAGAAGCAAUUACGAUGCAUUCCGUGCACCAUUUCAGAUAUCCCUUCAAGAGCCGUAAAUUGCUGCUAUCGCCGUGUUAGAAAUUAUUAAACUGCCAAUGAACUUUAUUGAAAAUAAUUGCAUGAGUUAUGUUUUGUUACUACUGUAGUUUUAUUAUUAGUAGGUAUUUAUUGUUAGUCACGUAUAAUUUGGUUGGGUGAUGGCAAUCAACUGUGACCACCUUCUUUGUAUCGAUGAGUCUGUUUUUGUUAUGUUUUUCUCUGCAUGUUAUGCGUAAGUAUUUAUUUCUUGAGUAUCGGUAUUUAUUUCUUGAGUAUAUAUUAAGAUCAACAUAUUUAGUGUACAACACAGAAUUUUACUCCUACGAGUGCAACGUCUUCCAAGCUAUACUGUAUUCGAGCUAAGAGUUUCAGUCAAACCUAAUAUUUUAAAGGCACCUGUUGCAGAAAGUUGGCAGACCAAGAAUUCCAUUUGAUCUUAAAUUUUUUUAGUACUGUAAAGUAUUAGCUCUGCUCAUAUAAGUCAAUUAAAUUUUUUUGUUCAUGAAUAGAUUGGUAGCGAUUUUCUUGCGUAUGCCUGGAUGAAAAGUGGUAGUUGGCCGCCGUGAUCAUCCAAAUUUAUAGAUCUUUUGUACAAAUUUUAGGAUAAUGAAGAUAUUUUUUAUUAUUACUUUAUGA